UUGAUCCCACGCGGUUCAAGCUGGGACAGCGAGUCCAACCGUGCCUACAGGCUGAAGUGGGAAGCUUGGGAAUGGCUAUACUCCGUGGCGCGAUGCCGUUGUAUCGGCCUUGAAGUACGACUGCAGGGUCCGUGGGGUACGGUGGUAGACGUGGUGGGGGUCGGGCCGGGCAACACGAUCUACGCGGUAGAAGUGAAGGCAUCACGGGCGGACUUCGCCCGCGACAACCACACCGAGGCGGACAUUGACCGCCUGCGGCGGCGGCGGGAUGCGCUGAACCGCCGGAUCCAGUUGGCCCAGUCUCCCGGAUACCAAUCCCUGAUUGGAGAUUGCAGCCGGCUGGAGCAGGAAGCGGAACGGUUGCGCGAACGGUUGACCACGGUCUCGACCAAGUUUCACAACCCGCGCUUCCUGAGCAUCGCCGACUACCACUACCUCAUGGCGCCGCGGGGCGUGGUACUGACGGAAAUGGUCCCGCCCGGUUGGGGCCUGCUGGAACCCGGUCCCCGCGACAUCGUGGCGGCGCCGGCCAAAACGAUCCGAAAAAACACCGGCAUCGUUUCCAACGUGCUGCGCGCCAUUGCUCGGUCCAACACCACCGCGAUGAUGCGGGCGUAUGGCGUCAAGUUCGGGGCGGCUGGCGCGGCGUUUCCGACUGCCGACAUCGGUGCCCACCGUUCCGGGUCCCAGCCGACUUCCCAGCCUGACAACCUUGCCAUUACGCAGCCAAAGAAGGACGAACAUGCCGGAUAUCACCAUUGA